AUGAAGGCCAAACAAUCGUAUGGAUUGAUUCAAUUAAACAACGGACAACUGAUUCCCAACCUGGGUUUGGGCACCUGGACUAUGGACGACGAACAGGCGACCAGUGCUGUUAAGGAGGCCGUUAGUGUCGGGUAUAGACAUAUAGACACCGCCUGGAGAUAUAACAAUGAAGUCGGUGUCGGACUCGCACUCAAAGAGCUCUUCGACACCAAACAGAUCUCCAGAGAAGAGAUAUUUAUCACAAGCAAA